CUGAUAUCUAUUCAACAUAGUAAGCAGGAGAACAUCAAUAGGAUAAUUUGCUUAGUAAAUAUUUUGUGUUUUCAUGUAAACUUCACACAUUCAUUAGCUAAAAGACUCAAUUAAAGAACUUAAAAGAAUGGUAGUCACAUCAUAAUUGAACUUCUAUAGGAAUGGAAAGUGUUUAUAAAUUAGAUCCUGUUAUGAAAAUGAAUGCACUGUUAAGGUCGUAAGUAUUUCUUUUUGAAGUUGCUUCAGUUUAUUACUAUUUUAAUUAAUUACUGGCCUGUUUUUGAUUCAGUAGUUUUAGAUUCAUGGAAAUCUGGAAACCGGUUAGGAGGUUAGUGUUUCAAGCGUACAGUGUAUGGAACAUAAUAAACUUAUGUAAUCAUGUUGUAUCAUUUUAAUGACAUUUUAAAGAUUCCAAAAUUCACAUCUCAUAAAAAUAACUUACUGAGACAAGGGAUACUGAUAAACUAAUUAGUAAUUUGGACCGAAUUUGACUCCUACAGAAUGUGUUGUUAGAUGGUCAACAGACUAAUGUUUUGCUUUAUAUUACCAAACGAAUUUUACUUUAUUGUUAUUAUCAACUUAUUACCAGGUACAAAUUCACGUACUUGGCCUUGAAUACUACCAAACCGCCUAAAGUUUCAUGUCAAAUAGUUUGAAUGAUCAUAACAAAUGAUGAUGUUUAAACUGUACUACAGUGCAGUACUUUAUCAUUUGAAAAAAGCUGAUAAGAACUGUUUUGUACAACUUUAAUCACCAAAACGAAAGGUUACUAAAAAUUUGAAAUUUUAAAAUAAUCAGGCGGUUUUUGUUCAUUCAAGAUUAAAGACUUGAUAUAUGCAAUUAGGUGUAAAAAUUGCAGUAACUUUUAAGUUUGAAUUGUGAUCUAUCUAGAACACUUCAACCCCAGAAAUAAUGUCGUUUUCUUCUCCGGAACCCGAUAAACAUCCAAACAAUUGAUAAGACUUUGAGAAAAAGUAAAGUUUGUCACUUGUAGUUUUCGACCUGAAAUUCAUAUUUCAUAAAACUUUCCAUUACAUAUAGAGAUAAUAACUAUGUAUGACUGACAUCUGUUUAUCUCCUAACAAAAGUAUACUAUGCUUGUAGAGAUUUUAUGUACUUUGAAUUCAGUUUUCAUCACGAACAUACAUUAGUUGGAGAGCUUUUAAAAAGCUAGGAACACUAGACAACUCUCUCAUUCACGUCUACAUCUCAGAAAUGAACAUCCAAAACGCCACACGGAGUCAAAUACAUGAUCUUUAGGUCAGCACUAUAUGAUUAAGAAAAUGGUUUAAAACCGAAGAGUUUAUGUUUUCUAACGUGAGCUCAUAGACGUAUAUUACUGAGAAACCCAGAAUUCUCAGAUAUUCACUGGUUCUCUAACGAAUGAAAAUUACUUUCGGAUUAAAGAAUGUACUCAACCAGUUGAUGUUACGAAUUGAUGAAAUCGUGUUAGUGAUACAAUGACAAUAUAGACUUUAGUGAUUGAGUUGAAAUUUAGUAGAUAUUAGCAACUUGAUUGUUUAUUUAGAAAGUAGUACAUGACACAGAUAACAUUUAGGCUGAUCAUUCGAAUCUGACUGCAGUUCAAACAUUUCUUGGAUUUUCGUAAUCAACGACAAGAAAAUAUCUAAUUUUAUUAAAAUAAAUGAUAUCCUAGAUAACUGAAUACUACUUAUUUACUGAUACUAUAAAAAUGAAACGAAAUCAUGACAAAUUGUUUUACUUAUACUAAAAAUAUUCAAAAUGCAUACUAAAAAUACUAAUCAUGUUAUUUCUAUAUGAAAGGUAAGCUAAUCUGAAACUUAUUUUAUAAAUUUCACACAAAAGUUGAAUAAUUGGGUUGAAACGAUGGACAGUCAUCAAUAUAUCAGUGUUUGUGCAAAAAUAUAAGGGUCAAUUUUCUAAAUUUUCUCAAGAAAAACUAAAGGAUUCAACCAUUUCAAAGGACAGUACACAAAUAUAUGCUGAUUUUCCUGACUAGCGUGAUAUAACAACCAUCUAAUUCCAUUUUCAAUACAAUUAAAAUACUUCUGGGAAAACCAACACUGAACGGUAGAUAACGCAGGUCACCGUCAUUCAAUUCAUUAAAAUUAUUAAGAUUAUUUAUUCAACCAAAUAGUGCGACUGCAUUCGCAUGUAUGAGACAGAAAGGUUUUUGAUUUCUAGUAUGAAAUGGUUUACCUUCAAGGGGUUUUUGACAUGCAGCACAACUAAAACAUCUUGCAUGAUAUUGUUUUCCACAAGCUUGAAUAAAACGGUCGAUCUCUGAAAUGGAUUGUUUACACUUCGCACAUUCGAUCUCAUGAAAUUGUUUCCAAUGUUCUUCACAUAAUACACGAUUAUCAUCUUCUAUAUGAAAUAUAUCAUCUAAUGGUUUUUGACAGUAAUAACAAAUGAAACAAUAUGGAUGCCAUGUUCGAUUUAUUGCUUUGAUAAUUUGACCAAUAAUUGGUAAAUUACACUUGGUGCAUUUAUAAGCAAUAUAUUGUUUAAAAUCUUCUUCACAGUAUAAUUUUCCAUUCUGUUCAGCAAAACCAUCUUCGUUUAGUGGUCGAUGACAAUAAUCACAUAUGAAAUGAUUUGGACAAAAGCAUCUGUCAUUCGUAUCGAUAAAUGGUCCGUGUAUUUGUUGUUGACAUACAUGACAUAUAGGAUUAAUUUUAAAAUCUUUUGAACGUAUCACUCCUCCUAGUAAAGAAUUAUCUGGUUUUGCGUUAAUUUUGAUAUUAGGCUGUGGUUGAUUCAUCGUACUAUAUUUACACAGAUUAUAUGAUGAUGAAUAACAUGACUUUAAACUUAUAUUAUUUUGUGGUGUGUAAAUUGGUGAUGUACGAUUUGAAUCUAGUUUUUCAGCCAAUAUCCGAUUAUGUAGUGUAAUUGAGUUUGGACUGUAUGAUCUUAUUGUUAUUCCAUUAGGUGAAUGAGAACGAGUUAUUAUUGGAUUUGUACCAAUAUGAACAAGUUUAGAUAUAACUGUUUGCGGUUUUAGUGGUUCUGUUGGUUUAUGAAGUUCAAUACUUAGUGAUGAUUGUGUUAUAGACAUGUUCAUUUGAUGAAGUGGUGUAGAACAGCCAGAAUUAUUUAAACCAGUAUCAUAGACCUCCAUUUCCAGAUCAUUGCAGCAACGUAUAAUUGCUUGAAUAGCUUGUUGGUGAGUCAUUUUGCUAGUAGGAUCACCGCCAAUAGAUAAAACACGCAUUCCAGUACGUAAGCCACUGAUAUCUGCCAGACUUCCAAGACUCACAGAAGAUAUAAUAAGUGGUUGAUCAAAAUCUCUUCCCCCUCGAAUACAGAAUCCCCAAGGUGAAGCAGAAUCAGGUCUUGAAAUGCGUAUAAAAAAUGACAUUAUAUUAACAAAAUCUAAAAAUAGUUAAAGCUGACAAUAAUUAAUAUUGUGAAAAAAUUCCCGGUUUUUCUUCUUUUUAUAUUGCCUAACUCAGAUGAUGAAGUGUGGGUGUGUGUAUGUUUCUAUUAUCCUUUUCCACAAGGUCAUUUGUAUGUGGACCAAAUUUCUGGCUACCAAUCACCUUAAAUGGUGACAGUUUCAGUUUCUGUGAUUGGUUUAGAUAUAGUUAUCGGCACAUACUUUGAAGUGAAUUUCACUUAAUAAUACUACGCUAUACUUGUUCCUAAAUUCAGUUACUUUCUCCAAAUUUCAUCAUUUGAUGAGUAUGAAAUAAACAAUCAUGAAAAAGUGAAACUUAACACAUUUGAUCACAACUGUUGGAAAACACGAAAAGCGGUGGUAGGUAUGAACACUAGUUGCGAGCAGUUACAAAUGUUUUUCGCAAUCUGAACCGUCUUCUCGAUUGGCCUCCAGGUGUUCUACCAAUGCUGUGCUUUUGAUACACUGAAACUGUUGCAAUUUCAUAUCCGCGUUCCGCUACAUAAUACUUAUAAAUAUCCACUGCAUUGUUUGAAAUUUACAAUUAUUUAAAAUCAAUAAAACAUGGUUAUAUAGUGAUCUACAAAGAAAAUCAUAUUGGAAUAGCUUGAAAAUUUAUUCAAAUAUGACAAAUCAUACUAUGGAGGUCUGGAAAAGUGGUAUUCUCGAAAGGACUCAAAGUUCUGUAUAGCACGCAUACCAAACUUACAGUAUCACAACUUUUUGAGAUUAAUUCUAGACUGUGAAGUUAUAUGACGCGAUAAGUUGAUGAUAUAAUUAAAAGUGUGAACUUUUGAUAUGACGGGAUGAAAAAGUAAAUUACAUUUCUAACUCAUUAUUAUUCUGGCUCAACAUUACUUCCAAAUUUAAUUCAUUAUGGUGAUUAUUCAGUGUAACACUUGUUUUAUUUUCAGUGUGAUAUUUUAUUUAAUAUAACUUUGAUUUGUUUCAGUGUGGUGUUUGUUUAAGAUAUGAUAUUCUUUGUAUUAAAUUGAUAUGAAUUAUGUUCAGCAUGAUAUGCAGAAUGCGGUUUGUCAUAAUUCUGGGCUUUAUUAUGGUAUGUAACUUUUCCCUAAUUAAUAAUCAAGUGCAUGUACAAAUCUAUAUAUAGAUGAGUGUAUUUUAUACUGAGGUCAUCGCAGUGUUUUUGGGUGGAUAGGUGUGGUGUUUGAAUGAACUAGUGAUUCCUUUGUACUUGUUGAAUGCUUGAUUUUGAGUUCCGAAUAUAGUACAUUCGUUCGUGCUUAUCUAGUACUUCUUGAUCCAAUUACGUUAUUUCUGGGAUUCUUAGUUCGUACUAUAAUUCAAAUACUUCUAAUCAUCAUAACAGGUCUUCGUUAGUACUAGUCUUCCGUGUUCUUACUUUGGGUCGUGAGAAUUGUAAUUGUUGUUUGUUUCAAGAAUAAGUAAUAAGCGACACGGAUGUAACUUUCACUUAUUGACAAUUACAAUCCUGUUAUCAAUUCAGGCGAACUGUAUUCAGUAUGCGUUUUUACAGCAACACUACAUAUGUGUUAUUAUAAAGUAUGUGUAAAAAUCAGUGUGUGAAUGAUUGUAUUUUGGUCUCAUGAUAGUGUGACUUUAAGAGUUUUGUUUUCGGUAAGGCGAUGAAUCUUGACUGCACAAGUCUUUCAUGUUCUGACUUUGCAUUGUGGGAAUUCCAGCGAUUCCCGUUUCAAAGUAUAAGCAGUAAGAAUGUCAAUAUAACAGUGCGGCACAUGAUACAUAAGAGAAGGCUCCUCGACUUCAUAAUGGGGGCCGCACAGUUUGACAGUGGUGAUGAUUCCAGAUAAGACAGGGUCGACUAAUACACUUCAGGAAAACUGAGAGCUCCUCAUGGUCCGCUUAAUUUCUACAGCCCGGAGGUGAAGGUGUGGCAGAAAUUACAUGCACUGUCAUGUGGGGCUUCCGAAACGCUUCUGUCAAAAUUAACAACAACUUGCUUAUUAGUAAUAUUGAAUGCCCUUCGGUAUAGUUUAUCAUGUCCCGCUACUAUAAAAUGAUUCAAGUGCUUUUAAGUUAAAGAGAUCUACUGGUGUUCCAAGCUUAAACUUGUUCAAAUGAAGUGUUAGUUCUUGAUACUGAGCUUUCCGAUGCCUUUCAGUUAUGAUUUCAACAUGUUUAGCUCGGCUUGCUUGUUUACUAACUAUUUAAUACCCAAGAAAGUCACAAAACAAAAGGUUAUUGGGCGGUAGGUACAUAUUUCUUGCAUUCAUCAAGGACUUAUGCUCUAAAAUUACAUUAAUCAAUAUCGAAUAUCUUUAUAAUUAGCCGGUGUUAGUCAAAUUAUUUCUUUUCACUAACUCCUUGUUUUGCUUCGAGGUCUUCAGUAAAAUCCUAUGGGAUAGCCUAACCUUUGGACUGCACUAGUUAUAGUCAACUCGAUAGUUAUUUGUCGGUUUGUGUAUCUUUUUAGAUGAAGGCAGGAAUGAGUCACUCCGCUAAGUUUAACUACAAACUAUCAGACAAGCUAUUAACAAUGGAUUUCUGAAGUUAGACCUUUUACUAUCACAGACGCACAGAAUUCAAUGAUACUCUUAUAUCAUCUAUAUGUUAGGAUAGCCGUUUUAAAAAACUCUUUAACAUAUUUCAUUACCUAGCAUUUCGGAUAUUUUCCCUUUGAUUUAUUGGGUAAGUGUCGGGUAUAAAGGCAUGAAAUCCAUUCUUAAUUUCGAUAAACGUACAUCUUUAAAUACGAUGCUGAAGUGCAUCACAUCCUAUCAUCUACAGCAUGAUUUUAGGAAAGAAGUCAAUGUAAGGUCCAUUAAAACAUUAGUAACAGAAAGUAGCGUUUGGAACUAGACUGCAUCAUGUAUUAUGACGCUAGCAACCUCAUUUCUGUUAGGCAACGGAAUAAAGCUCUGAACACUUAUUAGUUACAACGGGACCCCACGAGUACUUUGCUAAUGACGCUGAGAUAAUCCAAUGAAAAUAAAAUAUAAACCCAUGUAAUAUCGGUCACAGUGGACCUGAUGAUUAUAGUGGUUGAGGUAUUUCUUUGAAUCCCUGGUGUUAUAUCUCUUUUCUUUAUGUAUUGUAAGAAGGUUGUCGUGGUAAGACUUAUUUACUAUCAUUACUGCGUCAAUGAAUAAUUCUCAGGUUAUCCAGGACAUACUAAGAUUCUUGGGGUUCUGAACGUAACUCAGGUCAAUAGUUAACACUUAGUUGUGGUCGUUGAAACAGAACAGAUGACUAGACUUAAUAUAGUAGCUUUUCGUUUGAUAACAAUAAGCAAACAUUCUACUAGUACUGUUCAGUAUCAGUGUAAGGAAACAGUGCUACAAUAGACUGACUCGCUACAGUGAAAGAGAAUUCUAGUACGUGUUUAUUUGUAAGAAAAGCUCUUAUUUAUCCAUUUUAGUUGUACUACAUUUCUUUGUUUAUCUUUGUGCGUAAUAUAUAUUUUUUGACCCUUUAUUUACCUAUAUUACGUCAGUAUUUUGUUUAGAGCUGUUGUGAUAUUUUGAAGUAUUUGAACUAUAAUAUAAACCAGGAAUCUGUGGUGUUUGAACGAACUAAUAAUACCCUUGUACUUGUUGAAUGCUCGAUUUCGAAUUCCAAAUACAAUACAUUCGUUUGUGCUUGUGUCUUACUUCUUAAUUCAAUUGCGUUAUUUCUGGUACUCUUAGUUCGUGCUAUAAUUCAAAUAAUUCAAAACAUUAUACUGGCGUCGCGAUGGAGCCUGUAAUGGAAAAGUUAGAUAUUCAUUCAACUUCGGAAGCUUUUGAAGAUUACUUUGAAAGGUUCGAAAUCUGGGCUAUGACCAAGGACGAUGAUGAGGAUGGUAAUAUUGUGGCACACUUCCUCACAUUCAUUGGAAAAGAAGCAUACAGCUUAUUAAGAACUCUGGCUAUGCCGGAAAAGCCCAUUUCGCUUCCUUAUACAGCUCUCAAGGAACUGCUGCUAGACUAUGUUCAGUAUACAAAUUUCGAAUGUCGUAAAGGAGGAAGAUUUCGUAAAAUGAUUCAUGAGGAUAUAAAAAAUUAAACUACAUUACGUCAUCCCAACCCAGUUCAUACUCAAGAUUAUGCAGACUAUUCAUUGAGGAGUUGCAAUGCAUUUCACGAAGAUGGGCACAAGUUUAGUCAAUGUUUGUCCUGUGGCAAGUUCCACUCUUUUAAUUCAUGUAAAUUUCGUAAUUCUAAGUGCUUUAAAUGUGGUGAUAUUAGACAUAUUCAGUCAGUCUUUAAUACUAAUGUUCAUCUUAUUGCAACUAAUAUUAAGACUUGUAAUUCUGAUUCUACUGAGUCGAGUAUUUAUAAUGAUGAUUUAUCUUUAUCAACGAUUGCAAUAGACAAUGUAGAGUCACAAAGUAGUUCAGAGUUAAAUGAAAUCCAGAAUUCUUGCGAAACAACAGUUUCUAACCAAUCGGUUUAUCAAAAUUCUCCUGCUAUUGUGCCAGGUAUGGCUUUUCCUAAUGAUUCACAUAUUUCUGAUGAAAUUUCUCACAAAUCUGAAGAAAAUAUGUUGAGUGAACAUAAUUAUGAUCGAAAACCUGAUGUAGUUUUGAUGGAUGUUGAUUUUUCUAAUGAUCCGUUACUGUGCAAUGACAUUCUUAAUAAAUUCCAUGAAAAUGUGUCAGAAGAAUCAAAUUCUGAUGUCAAAUCAUAUAUUACCUAUCUUCAUAAUGCAUUUGAUCCUUGUGAAAAACUUGUUCAAUGCAAAGCACAAGUACUAAAUGACCUCGAUUUUGAUUACAAUUCGGAUGUUUUCACAUCAACUGCUGUUUACCCUUAUCACAAAAACAGUUGUAAUGUUUACUCUAAACAAUGUGAGAAAUAUGUUUUAAAUGAAGCCACAUUAUUCAUACCUUGGGGAUAUAAAGAUCCAACAUUAUUUCGUGGUGGAGGAUAGUGUUGAAAAACCUAUGGUUCGAAUUCUAGAUAUUAAUGAUUUCAGUACAAAAUCGACAUGCUGAUUGUAUACAAUUCCAGAUACUACAAAGUUUUUAUCCAAUACAAUGUUGGACAUACUCAGGAUGAACUUAAUAAGAAGACGUACAACCGAUUACAAACACUUAUACUUCUAUUUAAGCUGUAGCGGAUGUGGUGUUUGAACGAACUAAUAAUACCCUUGUACUUGUUGAAUGCUCG